AUGCAAACAAAGAUAAGGACAAUUAUGAGGAGUCACUUUAAUGCACAUCAUUCAGCAUAUGCAUAUUUCCUCCAACUAAGUCAACUGUUUUGUGUUUCUGACAGAUAUGUGGCCAGGGAAAUCGAUUCAUGCAGAUAUGAGAAAUUAGAACAGAAGUAUUUUCUGUUAUUAAAAUUUGUCGAUGCAUAUUUUCUUCAGUCAAUCGGUGGCUUUCAAGCAUGCACAGUCAUCAAGCACUCAGCUUUCACCACUAAGUCUGUCAUUGCAGGAAUAUUAGUACUUGAAUGUAAUUUCAGUGGACUUUUCACAUACAUUAUUAAAAAUUCACUUUUUGCCACUUUAAAUUUGCGUGAUUUGGUUUUGUCUCCUCAAUCAUUUCCCAUCACAUUCACUGUCAGAUAUUCAGUGAAUUGUCUACGACUGCCAUCCAGGUGUUUUUUGUUCUGGUAUGAUUUUUUAACCAACUUAGUCAUUGCUGAAGAGAAGUAA